AAGCCAGAGCUGUUCUCCCUAGUCGGUGUCCUAGGGCCAGGAGAGGUCUGAGGCCUGGGAGUGGGCAGCCCUGAGCUCCACCCUGGGCUUCGAAAGCCUACCCUCUGCUCUGCUUCUUCCCUCACUCCUCCUCCUGUCAGCAGCGCAGCUCAAGGCCUGGUCCCAGAAGUCCCAGGAGAGGGAGGACUCGUAGGAGCACGGAACAGUCGCCUCGCCAGGGCAGAGAUGGCCAGUGGCACGCAGUUGCGGCUGGCCUGGUACUUGGACAUAAUGAGGAAGGAGGAACUGAUGGAGUUCCAGCUUCGGCUGCGUGAUAAGGAACUCAGCGGGCACUCUCCCGGUGUGGCCCUGGCUCGACCAGAGAAGGCCAGCGGCAAGGAGGUGGCCUCGUGCCUGGUGGCUCAGUACGGGGAGCAGCAGGCCUGGGACCUGGCCCUCCGCACCUGGGAGCAGAUGGGCCUGAGCAGGCUGUGCACCCAGGCCCGCACAGAGGCAGCCUUGAUGUCAGCCCAGUCUCCCUCAUUCACCCUCUCCCCACAUGCACCCAACCUGGAGUCCCCUACCCGGCCCACCUCCACCGCGGUGGUGAGGUUUCAAGGCCCUAAGCCCCUGAAGCUCCUCCAGGACUCAGAGAAAAAGAAUUUGAGACACCUGCUUGACACACGUGGACACACCUGGAAAGGAGACUCACCCUCACUCUCUUUCGGAGCUUUUCCAGUCUCCCCAGACUACGAGUCACCAAGCCACAAGUCACCCAAUGCCCCCACGUCCACAGCGGUGCUAGGGGGCUGGGAACGCCCAUUGCAGCCCAGCCCAGGGUGCAGACAGCGGGAGGCUCCUGGGACUGUGUGGCCUCCAGCUGAAACAUCUGGAAAAUACCACACAGGAAUCAGAGAAAAAUCCCAGAAGGAAAAAAGAGAGAUGAUCUGUCUCAUAAACUCAAGGGAAAUUGAAGAUUUGCGCCAAAAAUUCAUGCAGCUGCUACUUCUACACAGAUCUCACCCCAGAAGCCAUGAGUCUCCGGUCAGGGGAAGCUGGUAUCAUGGAGUGAUAGAGGAGCAAGGACAUUUGAUUGAGGUCAGAGACUUAUUUGGCCCACACCUGGGUACCCAGAGAAAGCCUCACACAGUCAUACUGCAUGGGGUGACUGGAAUCGGGAAGUCGACACUGGCCAGGCAUGUGAGGGGAGCCUGGAAGGACGGUCGGCUGUAUAGGGACCGCUUCCAGCACAUCUUCUACUUCGACUGCACAAAGCUGGACCAGUCCAAGGCAAUGAGUCUUGCUGAUCUCAUCAAAAAAGACCGGGCUUCCUCCGUGGUUCCCAUUACACAGAUCGUGUCUCAGCCGGAGCAGCUGCUCUUCAUCCUCGAUGGUUUAGAUGAGCCAAAAUGGGUGGAGAAGCAGGGGUCUCAUUGUCAGCACUGGAGCCGCCAGCAGCCAGUGCGCACACUACUGGGCAGUUUGCUAGUGAAAACCAUACUUCCCAAGGCGUCCUUGCUGAUCACAGCUCGGACCACAGCUCUGCAGAAGUUCAUUCCUUCUUGGGAGCAGCCACGUUGGGUGGAGGUCCUGGGGUUCUCCGAGUCUACCAGGAAGGAAUAUUUCUACAAGUAUUUCACAGAUGAAAGCCAAGCAAUUCAAGCUUUUAACUUGGUUGAAUCAAACCGAGCACUCUGGACCAUGUGUCUUGUGCCCUUCGUGUCCUGGCUGGUCUGCACUUGCCUGCAGCGGCAGAUGAUGCAGGGGGAAAAUCUCUCACUGACGUCCCAGACCACCACGGCCCUCUAUCUGCACUACCUUUCCCAGGUUCUGCCAGCUCAGCCCCUCAGGACUCACCUGAGGGGCUUCUGCUCUCUGGCUGCUGAGGGCAUCUGGCAAGGAAAGACCCUGUUCAGUCAGGAGGACCUCAGCCAGCACGGGUUAGAUGGGGCCAUCAUCUCCACUCUCUUAAAGAGCGGUGUUCUUCAAAAGCAGCGCAAGUCUCAGAGGUACAACUUCAGUCACCUCUGUUUCCAGGAGUUCUUUGCAGCAAUGUUCUGUGCACUGGAGGAUAAGGAGGAGAAAAAUGAUAAGCCUAAGAGCACCAGCGGUAUGAAAAAGUUGCUAGAAGUGUAUGAGACGCGUGACCUGUUUGGGGCACCAACGACACGUUUCCUAUUCGGCCUUUUGAGUGAGCAGGGGAUGAGAGAGAUGGAGAACGUCUUCGACUGCAAGCUGUCUCCAAAGAGAAAGUGGGACCUGCUGUCAUGGGUGGAGGCGGAGGUCCAGCGAGAGCAGCCCUCCCUGCAGCCAUAUUCUCUGCAGUUGCUCCACUGUUUGUAUGAGAUUCAGGACAAGGACUUCCUGACGGCGGCAAUGGCCCAUUUCCAAGGAACAAGGAUGUACGUGCAAACUGACAUGGAGGUCCUGGUGUUCACUUUCUGUGUUAGAUUCUGCCACCGUGUGAAGACGCUUCAAGUGAAUGACAGGGGACUGCACAGGGAAGCGUGGAGGCGCCCCGGUGUAGUUCUGUUCAGCUGGAUCCCCAUUACAGACGCCGGCUGGCAGGUUCUCUUCUCCGUUCUCCAGGUCACCGGAAGCCUGAAGGAGCUGGACCUGAGUGGAAACUUCCUGAGCCUUUCUGCAGUGCAGAGUCUUCGUGAGGCCCUGGGAUGCCCUCACUGCCACCUGGAAACCCUGCGGUUGGCCAGCUGCGGCCUCACAGCUGACGAGUGCAAGGACCUCGCCUCUGGGCUGAGCGCCAGCCAGACCCUGACGGAGCUGGAGCUGAGCUUCAACGUGCUCGAGGACGCUGGAGCCGAGCACCUCUGCCAGGGGCUGAGACAGCCAGGCUGCAAGCUGCAGCGACUGCUGCUGGUCAGUUGUGACCUCACAUGCGGCUGCUGCCAGGAACUGGCCUCUGUGCUCAGUGCUGGCUCCAGCCUGACAGAGCUGGACCUGCAGCAGAAUGAGCUGUGCGACCUCGGCGUGAAGCUGCUCUGUGAAGGGCUCAGGCAUCCUACCUGCCAACUCACGCUCCUGUGGCUGGACCAGACCCAGCUGAGUGAGGAGGUGACAGAGAUGCUGAGGGCCGUGGAGAAGGAGAAGCCUCAGCUGCUCAUCUCCAGCAGAUGGAAGCCAUGUGUGAUGACCCCUAAUGAGGGCCCGGAUGGAGGAGAGACGAAUGUUGACAUGUCCUCACUCAAGCGGCAGAGACCAGAAUCAGCGGAAAGCUCCCCUCAAGUGUCACAGGUGAAACCCUUCUGUCUGUCUUCUCCUGCUCCUCCGGAGGACCUGCUCAUGGAGCCUCUGGAGACCGAAGAUGACUUCCAGGGCCCCACAGGGCCUGUGGCUACCGAGGUGGUUGACAAAGAGAGGAGCCUGUACCGAGUUCACUUCCCCAUGGCCGGCCCCUACCACUGGCCCAACACAGGUCUGUGUUUUGUGGUGAGAGGGCCAGUGACCAUUGAGAUUGAAUUCUGUUCCUGGGACCAAUUCAUGGACAAGACUGUCCUACAGCACAGCUGGAUGGUGGCAGGGCCUCUGUUUGACAUCAAGGCUGAGCCAGGAGCCGUGGCAGCUGUGCACCUCCCUCACUUUGUGGCCCUUCAAGGGGGCCAUGUGGACACCUCCUUGUUCCAAGUGGCCCACUUUAAAGAGGAGGGGAUGAUCCUGGAAAAGCCAGCCAGGGUGGAGCCAUGUUACACGGUCCUGGAAAACCCCAGCUUCUCCCCCAUGGGAGUUCUACUGAGAGUGAUCCACGCUGCCCUGCGCUUCAUUCCUGUCACCUCCACCGUGUUGCUCUACUAUCACCUCCACCCUGAGGGAGUCACUUUCCACCUCUACCUGAUCCCCAGCGACUACUCCAUUCGGAAGGCCGUAGAUGAUGAAGAAAAGAAGUUCCAGUUCAUGCGAAUCCACAAGCCGCCCCCGCUGGCCCCCCUCUACAUGGGCUCCCGCUACACUGUGUCUAGUUCAGAGACGCUAGAAAUAAUCCCCAAGGAACUGGAGCUCUGCUAUCGGAGCCCCAGGGAAUGCCAGCUCUUCUCUGAGUUCCACGUUGGCCAUUUGGCGUCAGGGAUCAGGCUGCAAAUGAGAGACAAGAAAGAUGGGACUGUGGUAUGGGAGGCCUUGGUGAGACCAGGAGAUCUCAGACCUGCAGCUACUCUGGUCCCUCCAGCCCUGCUAGCUUCACCUUCACACCCAGAUGUCCCGGCCCCACUGCACUUCGUGGACUGGUAUCGGGAGCAGCUGGUGGCUCGAGUGACAUCGGUGGACCCUAUCCUGGACAAGCUGCAUGGACAGGUGCUGAGUGAGGAGCAGUAUGAGAGGGUGCGGGCCGAGGCCACCAACCCGGAUCAGAUGCGGAAGCUGUUCGACUUCAGCAAGUCCUGGGACUGGGCCUGCAAGGACCAAUUCUACCAAGCCCUGAGGGAGAUCCACCCUCACCUAAUUGUGGAACUCUGGGAGAAGUGGGGCCAUGGAGGACACCUGAGGAUUCCCAACAAGCUUGGCAGCUGAGGUGUGACCACUGCCGAAUGGCGCUUUAUGAAGACAAGGAUCUUUUGUUGUUCACUGCUGUAUCCCGUUAUCCUGGAACAGUGCCUGGCCCAUAGUAGGUGUUUAAUAAAUAUUUGUUGACCAAAUGAAAAACAACAACAACAACAACACGGUGCCAUCUGAGUUGCCUUCUAGUCUAAAGUUAUGGAGCUUUGAUGAUGUCUUUGCUGGGCAUUAUAUGUCCACGCCCAGGAAGGCCACACAGGCACCCACACUGCCUCCAUUGGCUUUCCCAGGCCAGCUGUCCAGAUGGAAUGACGGUAUCUCAGCGAAUGUCCAUCUGGAGCUGGCGGACCUCUGCACACCUUGUAGAAGCCUAACCCAAGAGCCUGGUCUGGUGGCCAUAGCAGCCAAACCUAGAGCCCUUCCUGUGCCAUCCAGAUGUGAGGAGAAGCAGGGGGGAACAUGGGACUAGCCACCUCUGGCUGGAGACAGACAAUGGAAAUGGAUACCUUGGGGGUUUUGAGUGGCUUGUAAAUAGGGGCAAAAACAGAUUUAUUUUUCACUUGU